ACUCACGAAUAUACUGUGUAUUUCAAUCAUUUCAUAUCGAUAAACAAGUUGAGAAAUAGACAGGGAGUCCCUUUUUUAUGAUUAUGUAUUAUUCAGAUACAGGUUCAAGAAAUAAGCAAAGGUAGAAUCGGAAACAAACGUCUAAUAUAAUACAGCAAGAUGGACAGAAAUAAAACUGGUACAGGAAUGAGGGGUCCUAAAGCAAAGAUAACACAGCAAUUGCCAGAUUCCUUCAUCGCUUUGGGAGCAAAACAGUCAGCUCCAAGAGAUGAUUCUAAAAGAACUGUUCCAUUGCCAAAAUCAUCAGUGUCAUCUCACAUAUCAUCUAGUUCUGGAAAAGCCCCAGCUGAUAAAUUGAAAAGGGACUCUUCAUCUUCAGGGUUAACUCCUGUAAAUCCUUCUAAAAAAUUGAAAGUCAACAUGCCUGGUUCCAGACCUGGAUUGUCAGCUGUGGCUUCUGGAUCAGGACUCUUGCCAAUAGAUCGUAUGGUAACUGGACAAUCAGGUGUGGAACCAUGGGAGUCUCUUGCAGUAGAAUGUGAUGUGGGGGAUAUAUUUGAGAGUAUAAUCAAUCUGAUAUCCAUUGAUAAUACUGAUAAAGCAGUUGGAUACAUACUGGGUCUUAUUAAGAACCUUAAAAAUCUGAGAUCAAAGCCUUGUAAAGUGGCAAAUGCUGUCUUAUUUCUUGUUGCUACUUGUAAACCUUCUAUGUACACCAAUGAUUACAUAGUUAAUGCUAUGUUAAGUGUUUUGAGAAGAGAUGUUAAUGCAGGUUUGAAAGCUAUUGGUAAAAGCAACCCACAAGUGCACCAAUUAUUUUUGAAUUUGCUGGCAUAUGCCUAUUCUGACAUCAAUAAUUGGCCAGAGAUGUUUGUUAAGCUAUAUGUGGAAGAUGCAGUAGGUGAUAGGGUGUUUGUUGAUAGUCCUUUUUGCAAGCCUUUCGUGGAGAAUAUCAUAACAGCUUUCAACACAAAGAUGCCACCAUCAUCCCUUUUGAAGUCUGAAACAUGGACUUCUGCAACAAGGGAUACGGCUAGUCCUUUAACAAUCAAUAGCAUAGAUGAGGAUGAAGUUUUUAGCGAACAAAGAGCUAUAGUUGAGUCAUGGAAUUCUAAAAUUUUUCCUAGAUAUACACAAUCUCAAGAAAAAGUUGAACAAAUAGUGCUAGAAGCAAUAAAAGAACAAUUAGCUAGAAGACAACAACCAGAAACAAUAACGAAAAAUUUUGUACGGUUUUUAAGUACAGCUUGUGGACUUGUUGAAAUACGGAUUAUAGCAGUUUCUCGUAUAGAAACUUGGCUACAUAACCACAAAUUGAUGAAGCCAGCUCAAGAGCUAUUGGCUUAUUUAUGUUAUAAUUGUUCUGCAAGUUCUCAAAGAGAUUUAGAAGUUAUAGCACAGCUCAGCAAGCUGCGCUUGAAAAAUAAACCAAUGGUAAACUACUUCAACAACUGUUUGAGGGAGAUGGUAUUUUCGUUUCCAGAAAACUUAUAUCCAUUAUUGAAGUACACAAUAUAUAAUGAACUGAGUAAUGCUAGAAAUUCAAAUAAUCUUAUUGUUGUUGGAGCUCUGUUUCAAGUAGCACCAGAUGCUAGUGCAGAUGCCUUUGCUGAUAUCUGUCUGGAACUUCUACUCAACAAAGACGACUAUCUCCGCUCCAUUCGUGCCCUCCUCAAAGAGAUCAACAGAGUACUCAGACACGAACUCAACUUGCUCAGUAUCGUUCACGCGCUUCUUCGCGAACGCAAAGAAUAUGCCAGCAGCGUGAGAGAUCACGAGUUCAGAGAACGCAUUUUUCUGUCUCUGGUCGACCUCAGCUGCAUGAGCAUGCUCCUGUGCGUCAGCCCCCAAGUCAGAGAUGGGGCGACGCAGAGCAAAAGAGAUGCGAGCGUUUUGAAAACUUUCCAGAUGCAAGUCAGUAACAUCCAGAGAGAAUGCGUCACAUGGUUGCACGAUUCAGCUUUGAGAGUGUACAGACCGAGUAUCACCGAUUUCAUUCAUGCCUUACACAAAAUACUCUUCUUGGAGCAACCUGAGCAUUAUUAUAAAGUGGAUUCGUGGCCGGGGGAGAACGAGAGAAAUUUAUUUCUGAGGCUCGCUAGUGAAGUGCCUCUUUUGCAAGCAACUUUACUGAGGGUCUUGUUGAUAGGGAUAUCAAAGGAACACCCUAUAAGUGCUCAAGAAGUGGUGGAAAUAACAGAUCAGCUCAUAAAAAGGGCAGCAAACUUGCCGCAAGACUGUACGCCACCAUUGGUAGUAGAUAAAGUGGAGAUCAUAGACUUUUUUUUCAACUUGUGCAGUUAUAACUAUCCAGAAAAUUUUAGUUUACCUUCUGGAUAUGUUCCACCCAAAUUGGCUAUAACUGCCUUAUAUUGGAAGGUUUGGUCGAUACUUUUGAUCUUGGCUGCUCAUAACCCGUUGAGUUUUGGUAGUUUGGCUUGGAAUAAGUAUCCGACACUCAGGAUGUUCAUGGAAAUGUGUAUAACUAAUCAUUUUUCUUUUCCUCCACCCACAAUGAAUUCCCUCGAGGAAGACUACCAAGCAAAGGAACAACAAAUCCUCGUUUUAGAAAAACAAAUCAUCCUGGAAUUCGAAUCCCACUUGGCAGCAGCAAGCACCAAAAUGGAAAUCAACGAGCAAACCAGCCUUCUUCUUCCUCAGUGCAUGGAACUGAGACCCUUAGGGGAAGCUAGACGUCCCCCCAAAAACGUUCUAGACCAACUACAAGUCCUCAAUAACACGCAUAGGCUGGGACAUUUUUUUUGUCGGUCAAGACAUCCAGAUUUCCUUUUGGACAUCAUGUCCCGACAGGGGGGUACGGCACAUAUGCCUUGGCUAGCAGAGUUAGUACAUAGCUCGGAAGGAGUACUAGCCCAUUUGCCCGUCCAGUGUUUGUGUGAAUACUUGUUAUCCACAGCUCCAGCUGAAAAGCUAACCAAACAUGGACAGCUGUUGGCACAUCUGCGCACAGUUGUCAAUGGCAAUGACCCGCAAACGGCUUGCGAAGUCUUGGAGUACCUAUUCAGGAGGUUGACCUCGGAUCACAGUGCUAGUAGAACCCAGGCAACCAAAGGUUUGGGGCUGAUUUUAGCUCCGACAGAUGAUAUCGAGGUGACCAUGGAGAAUCACACUCACUGGUUGACUCAGUAUAUCACACAGUUUACGCACUUCGCAUUGAUAAAGCCGCUUCUCAUUCAGUUUUUGCGGCAAGCGAUACAGAUCGAGACGAAUCCUUCGAGAGUUUCCAGUUACAUUGACUUUUUAUCAUUGCAAGACUGUCUGGAAUCAUUUGCAGAGUUGAAUGAACUCAUAACUGAUCUAUCUUCGGUCAUAAUUGAAAGGCACAGUGUAGCAUCUUAUGUUCUACCAGGAGAGGACAGCUGCACAUUGAAAAACUUGUUGCAGCUUUUUUAUUUAUACACUGUAAAGGCCAAGGAAAACUGUGAGGAGUCCUACAAUAUCCAGCAAAGCUACAACAACGAGUAUGUCAUUGUUUCUUGGGUUACUGGAGAGCAAUGUGCCAUGCAACCCCUUAUCAUACAUGCUACCAUAGUACUUUUGACGUACGGUCCUCUAGAUGACUGUGAGUCUUUCAGUUUGUUGUUGAAUCUUUGGUUUCCCAAAAAUAUGGAACAUCCCAGAGCAUACUCUCCAGAGACUUCAGAAACUACUUCUUAUUUACCAGACUGGAUGAAACUGAGGAUGAUAAGAUCGAACGUUUCUCGAUUAGUAGAUGCAGCCAUUGAAAAACUGGAACCUCCAAAACUCGUUCUGUUCAUACAGUCCUUUGGUAUCCCUACGAAUUCUAUAAGUAAACUGUUGCAUACCCUGGACAAGGCAACCAUUUUGGACCUCAAACUCGUAGUGGACUCUGUUCUCGACAAAACUUACAUGAUUCAGUUGGUAGAGGUGCAGAACAAAAGGGGUGCUUCAGGGGGAGAGACUUUCGUGAAAGCGAUAGAACUGCAGAUGCCGCACAUGGUGGAUUCUGAUAUCAAGGUUGACAUUGAAACCAAAAAACAUUUGCCUGUUUUGUUGAAAAAGCCGAAGGUGUGCCUGAAUGACACUGACAUCGUGCAGGGGCUGAAUGAUUUGUUCAAUCCACAUUAUACGGCUGAUAGGAAUGCUAUAAUUUUGUCUUUGAUCAAGGGUGUUACUUUAAAGAAGAAUGUAGCGGACCUGGUAUUCAAUUUCAUAAAAUCUAUCCCAGUGAAUUUCACCCUACCUAUUGUACUGAAGUACAACUCUAUAUCGACACUUUUUCACCUGAUUUUUACUGCUAGGACUUCUACUCAAGAUAAAAUAUCCUUCGCCUCUCAAUUUUUAGAGUUGAUCCCCAACAAAAAGUCCUGCACCUCAGUGGUUCUACGACAAUAUCUGAACAGCUGUGGUCAAUUGAAAGUGACUCCUAAAAUGGAAGUUGACGAAGAAAUAGCAAUGAAAAGUGAAACAUUAGAUGGUCGUCCUGACGAUUUGGGGGAAAAACUAGGUAAAAUGUUAUUGGACGAAGGUUCUAAAGCAGAAAAAAGUGGAUUGCUUGUCGAUUGGUUGUCCGCUGUCGAAUUAGAAAUUGCCAAUUCAGAUAAACUCAAAUUACAGAUGGAUCUUUUAUUCUCCAAACAAAAACUGCUAUUCAGACCAUUAUUGAUGUCUUUAGUUUUACAAAGGGCCAGUUGGAAAAUAUUGCAUGGUAUCAUGACAUAUCUUUUAAGAGGAGACGUCCUUUCACAUAUAUGUCCUAUCUCAGCAUUAGAUUUCUUGACGGCCCUGACGAAAAGUCCCAAACUUUGGCAAGGUCGAGAUAAAGCAAUACCAAAGCAUUACCAUUUCGAGGACAUACUGCAGUUGAAUCGUGAGCAAGCUUUGGUGAUGAUUAAUUUCAUCGUAGAAGAAGGGAAAACAGACGAGAACAAUUGGAAAACGAAAAUGGAGACACGUUUACAACUACUCCUCAAAUGUCUGGGACAGAAUGCUAGUCCUAUUAUGAAAACUUUGUUGCAACAAUCUGAUAAUGACAUCUAUCAGAGAGAAUUAUUGUUGAUGAUUUACAUGUCUCUGCCUUACACUGGACAAGAUGAUAUCAAAAUAAAACCCGACAUGUGCCUAGAUAUAUGCAAAAAAAAUUGUCCAAGUACUAUUGACGAAAUUGCUCACUGCCUGUUGAGUGCUUUGGCAGCUACUCCUCGUAACAAAGACUGGACGAAGAAGAGUCAAGAUUUGGAACUAUGUGCAAGAAAGCUAGCAGCUACUCAUCCAGUGUUGGUGUUAAGACAGCUCCCUAUGCUGGCAGGGUGUCUCAAAGGGAGAGCACAAUAUGAUUGGGGUGUUCUCAAAAGCAGGGGGCACUUCAUGUUGUUUGGGCAGAUUUUGGGGCUGAUGGAACUCCUGCAGCCAUACGUUUAUGAGCAAACCGCGAUUUUGUCGGAAUUAUUGGAUUCUUAUUUUUUGUUGAUGCAAUUUCACGGUCAUAACAAGGAUUUGGGGGUGCUCGUAUCUAGAAUUGUGCAUUUCGUUCAGAACUGGAUGGUGAAAGAUGUCAAAGGGGCUUCAAAGUAUCUGCAACAGCAUGGUGGAAUAUUGAAUGAAAUCCAGUUCAACCAACCAGGAGUCAGACCGCUACUAUCCAGCGUAUCUCUUCCAAUGAGCGACCAAUCAUCAUCCUCUGAGGUUCUCGUGGGUACCAUUACCCCACCGGUUCCCGAACAAUAUCCCCAACACUGGGGCCAAGUGAGGGCCGCCCUCCAGUCGACAGACAACCUUGCAGCACUGCAAGAGUUAGACCAUAUCACCAACAGGAGACCGCAAUGGCUGCAAGACGUGUCACAGCACUUGUGCAACUCCAUAAGUUCAUCGAACAGCUCGGUGAGAUCUUUGGCCCUAUUGUUGAUUGUGAGGUGGCUGAAACACGAUCCCAAAGCUGCGAACGAAGCCCUUCCAGCCGUUUUGGCGUGUUUGGACAGCAAUAACGGAGAUAUAGUCAGUAGCGUGUUGGAUAGACUGUCUGAUUUAGUGGCUGUUAUGCAAGAGUACGCCAAGGUUAUAUUAACGAGGGUGUUUCAGUUGGGAAUGAAAUCGACCAUGAACACUACUAGUAAUAUUACUAAGACGGUGAAUUUGUUGAGCUUACAGUAUGGGUAUUGAAUGAUAAAUAUUGUAAAUAUAUGUAGGAGUCAAGUUUU